AUGGCAAACUUCAAGGGCCACGCUCUCCCGGGGAGCUUCUUCCUGAUCGUCGGGCUGUGGUGGUCGGUGAAGUACCCCCUGAAGAACUUUCACCGAAAGAGGAGAAAGGGCCAACCGAGGCAUAACUAUGAGCGUCUGGAGAUCAUUGAGGCGGCCAUCAGGACGUUAUUUCCCAUCAUUGGAAUGCUGGCAGAGCAGUUUGUUCCCGACGGGCCCCACCUCCACCUGUACUCGGACAAAGAGUGGAUCAAGCUGAUGAACUGGCAGCACAGCACCAUGUACCUGUUCUUCGCAGUCUCCGGAAUCACGGACAUGCUCACCUACCUCGUCAGUCACGUGCCCUUGGGGGUUGACAGGCUGGUGAUGGCUGUGGCAACCUUCAACGAAGGUUUCCUCUUCUACCACCAUGUCCACAACCGGCCGCCGCUGGACCAGUACAUCCACUCGCUGCUGCUGUGCGCCGUGUUCGGAGGGGCGAUCAGCAUCUUCCUGGAGGUGAUCCUUCGGGACAACAUAGUGCUGGAACUUUUCCGAACCUCGCUUGUUAUUCUUCAAGGCACCUGGUUCUGGCAGAUUGGGUUUGUGCUGUUCCCGCCCUUCGGAAGCCCGCAGUGGGACCAGGAGGAUCACGCGAACCUCAUGUUCAUCACCAUGUGCUUCUGCUGGCACUACCUGGCUGCGCUCUGCGUCGUGGGCAUCAACUAUGCUCUCGUGCACUGCCUCCUGACCCGGCUCAAGAGGCACAGAGGAGGAGAAAUCAUUGGCAUUCAGAAGCUGAAGUCUGAACCUACUUGCCAGAAGGCCCUUCUGAAUGGCUCCGACGACGAGGAAUGA